CUCGACAGUUGAAAGUGCUGAUGGCGUACAAGGCGCUCAAGUACUUCGACAAGAUCGUGAUGAACGAGCGCCAGCAGGGCUCACCGCCGCCGCCGCCGCCACAGCCGCCACUCGCCCCAGACCAUCAGCAGCAGUCUUUCACUCUCGACUCCGCCAACCGGAUCUACUUCGAGUCCUCCUUGUCCCAGUAUCUCAACGGGGAAACGGCGGAACUGCUCAAGGACGAGAUCCGCGUCGUGGACUUCCGGUCGCAGGCGGAAGUGACGCGUGGCAAGAUCAACGAUUGGGUGUCACGCGUGACGCGCGGCAAGAUCCCCGAGUUGCUCAGCUCAGACGCCGUGUCGCCGGCGACCAUCAUGGCCCUGGUGAACGCGGCCUACUUUAAGGGCAAGUGGUUGAACCAGUUUGCCGCCGAGGACACGGACCCGGCCACGUUCAUUCUGGACAACGCAGCCAGGGACAUGAUCACGGUGCCGACGAUGAAGCUGCGAGACGCGCUGCUGCCCGUCGGUGUUUCUGAGACGCUCAAAGCUACAGUGGUGGAGUUGCCUUAUGCCAGUGGAGAUGGGAACGAUCUGAGCAUGUAUGUGAUAGUCCCAGCGAGUUCCCCUGGAUGGAACCUGGACGACGUGUUGGAGCGAUUCAGUGUGGAAUCGUUUGCCCAAGCCAGGGAUUCUGUGGUUCGCCGGGACGUCAACCUUUUGACGCUUCCCAAAUUCAAAAUUGAAACGACUUUUGAGCUGCUCAGGCCGCUCAAUAAUCUUGGCCUUGGAUCCAUGUUUGUUCCUGCUGAGGCCGAUUUCGGAUGUUUGUCGGCAAAUUUGACCAGCAUGGCCUUUUCUGUGGCCCAACACCAGGCCGUGAUCGAGGUGAAUGAAGAAGGCACCGAGGCCGCUGCUGCCACAGCAUUCAUCUCCUUGCGAUCCGGGCGCAUAACACCCACGGAGAUCAAAAUCAACCGUCCUUUCUUAUAUGCUUUAUACCACAAAGACACGGAUUCCGUGCUUUUUAUGGGUGUUGUGCGCAAUCCGUUGCUUGGUUGAUUUGAGAGAAAGUAUCUAGUCUGAGAAAAAGAUUUUGCGAGGUAUAUUUCGAUCGACACGCGUUGCGCCGCGGAUUUAUUGGAGCUUCUGUUCUUUUUUUUAAGAUGAGGAUCAUUUCUUCUGUUCUCGUAUUGCGGUGCGCUUGCGCGUCAUUCCGAAACUUUGAAAGGCUGGAUGAUUAUGGUUGUGUGGGCUUUUGUCAUUUGAAAUACUGUACUGUAUGUUUAUUUACCAGUUAUUGCAUUUGUAUAACUGAAGAAUUAUUUUUGUACCUUGUGCCUGGAACGUUUGUGGAUUAUAAAGCUCUGUUAUAAAAGGAG